AUGUCCCAACAUGCGGCGAAGGCCGUGCUAUUGCUUUGGGCCAUGGCGAGCAGCGAGACCUGUCCCAAGCCUGGUCAUUUCCAAACUUGCCAAACGGACGUGGAGCUUGGCCAAGGAGUCGCUGCCACGCUGCCUCCGCGGCCCGCAGCGAGCUGCUCCGCACAUGGCCUCUGCGCAGAGGCUGGCCUGACGUCCGGAGACUGUUGUCCAACAGCAGGUGAUGGCAUCUAUCUGAAGUGCUGCGAUGCUCAAGCUGGCUCCCGGAGGCUUUCACCCCUACAAAUGGGGAGAAAAGGUGUAACGAUCGAUGACACCACGCUACAGUGGUGUGCCGGUCGCAUUCCUCAGAUCUGGCCGAAUCUCCAGGACACUCCGGUGGGGUCAUUGAGAAUAUUCCAAACCUGGUCGACGCAGUGGCAUAGCGAAGGCCGACGUGCUGCCUGGACAGAUCUUGUGGAUUAUGCGAAAGCCUACGGCAUCAAGAUUUUGGUUGGCACGCCGGUGACUUGCAUCGAAGCGGAUGACGACACUGCUUGGAGUUGGACCAAGGAGUUGUUGAGCAUGCUUGGCACGGAGCAUGUGAUGGGACUAGCCGUCGGGAAUGAGCUCGAGCUUCUGUAUAACAAUGCUGAUUCAGAAUGCAUCCGACAGCUAUGGUCGGGUGGCCGGCUGUGGAAAGCUUUCCAGUCGCGCGUGACAGAGUUCGACAACAUGGGUUUCUCGAGCAUUCCAGUGACAUCGGUCUUCACUGCCAGCGUGCUGACGAGCAGCGCAGUCGUGCCGUUCAUGGAGAAUCCUUCAAAAGCAUUGGUGAACACCUUUCUCAGAAAUGCCAUCCGGAAGUACGGCAAGCGCUAUGCCUUCACCUUCAAUGUUUACCCAUAUUUCGAUCCGAACAUCCACUUGAAUCCUGGCACGGUGGACAAAUGUAAUCUCGACCUGCCUCGUGUCAUUUGCUGGGACAAGCCGACUUGCCUGGGUCCGAACAUCAUGGCUUCAGCCCGCAAGCAGAUGCACUACCUCACCAAUCGCUGGGACGACUUGUUUUGGAUUGGUGAAAUCGGCUGGUCUUCGCCCAAGUCGAGUAACCUGGGCACAAAAAUGGCCGACUGCCCACAGUUUUCAUCUCUGAACACCUUCCAGACAUUCUAUAACGGCUUCCUCGAGUGGGACCUAACACUGCCCGGCGGUGUCCCUGCUCCGGACCAUAUCUUUUACUUCACGCUGCGCGAUUCGCUGAACUUUGGGAAGCAGGAGCACUUCGGCCUGCUGACCUCGUGCUACUCGCUCGGCUGCAAGAUCGCCACUCCCGGCUUCCGGCCGCAGUCCUGCGCGCUGCCGGAACUGAAGAAGCCACCUUCCUGGCAGGUGUGGGGCUUUGCCAUACUGGGUGUACUGCUUGCGUUUUGCGUGGGCAUCACAUGCCUCUACGUGCGCUCACCGACCGUGAAGCGAUUCAUACACGGAGAUCCAAAGGAAAGCUCGAGGCGGCGGCUGCAGGCCCCGCCCAUCGCGGCCGAGGAAAGCGACUCCUCGUCGGAGUGA